AGAGUGUUUUCAGACAAAGCAGGACUGCACCUACACCUCAGCUUUCACACCACAGUCAUGUGGGUGUACCUCCUUCUCCUGAUGGCUCCUCUGGUGUCAGCUCAGACAUUCAGCUGUGGGCCAUGUCCUGAUGUUACUGUACAGAAGACAUUUGACCUGCAGCGGUACCUGGGCCGCUGGUUUGAGAUAACCAAACUCCCAGCAUCCUUUGAGAGAGGGAAGUGCAUCGAGGCUAAUUAUGCUCUAAGACCAGAUGGGACUAUCCAGGUGCUCAACAAACAGAUGGAGGAGCCAGGGAAGUUAACACCAAUAGAGGGCACUGCAGUUGUCAAAAACCAGUCAGAACCAGCCAAACUCGGGGUCGGCUUCUCCUACUUGUCUCCCGUGGGCACAUACUGGGUGCUGUACACAGACUACACCAGCGUUGCCGUGGUGUACUCCUGCACUGAUAUCAUGCGGGUCUUUAAAGUGGAGUUUGCUUGGAUCUUGGCCCGGAAUCGUACCCUGUCUAUGGAGACUAGAGCCAGGGCUGAGGCAGAGCUCCAGAGAGCAGGAGUCAAACUGUGCCAGCUCAUCCCGACAGACCAGACCGGAUGUGAUCUGAACACCCUUAGAUGACGGAUGUGAAACCUGUUCUCUCCUCACCUCACCUGGUCCCUCCCUCUCACCUGGCCUUUUUUCAAGCUCAUCUGUGCUCUCUGUGCUAUCACAUAUCACCACAGAAGGACACCUCCUACCACCUACAACAGGAACAGGCCGGCCAGUCUAAUUACAGGUGGUGACUUUAAUUUAAUUAAGUACUUCAGUUAGAUGAACUGCAGUGACUGUUCAGUGAUUGAAUGCACAGUUUGCAAUUUUCAUUAAUAAUGUAAAAUAAAACAUUAACAC